UGAAUUGGGAAUGUAUCUGUGUUUUAUAACUGUGUGUUUAUAACAAGUAGAUGUGCACGGAUCCAAGGCAACGUUGCGGCCGAGGUUAGAGGUUAGAGGCUGCGGCCUUGGCUGAACUCUGACCCCCGCUCAGUGAUGGAGGCGGCAUCAUGGCGGCGCGGACGCUGAUCCGGGACGAGGUGGAGGAUGUGGUGGCUCUGGCCCUGCGCUCCGGCCUCACGGAGCGGGACAUCGUGCGGCUGCCGUCCGUGAGGAAGCUGCUUGGGGACGGGGCUUGUGUUAGGGCCUCGUCGCCGCGCCAGGGAGUGCGGGGACCGGCGGCGGCCGUGUUGUUGCUGUUGCUGCUGCUCCUACUCCUGGGUCUAGGCCCCUCGGCGCUGCGCCUCUGGUUCCACCUCCACGGAUCCUCGCUAGAGACCGAGAUGUGCGUGCUGGGCUUCUCCGACUUCCACAACCCUUUCCGCCAGCCCCUGGACUGCCGCGUCUGCAGCAACAUCACCGCCGUGGACAGAAAGAGCAACCUGAGCCACGACGAGUUCCUGCGGGACUACGCCUACUCCAUGCAGCCGGUGGUGGUGGAGGACGGCCAGAGGAACUGGUCGGCCAAGGACGUCUUCAACUUCGAGUUCUUCUCCCAGAUCUACAGUAGCGGCAGCAGUGCCCUGGACAACAGUGGCAGCGAAUGUCAGUUCUUCCCCUACGAUACGGAGUUUCACAAUUUAAGGGAUGUUUUCGAGAUGGAGGCCGGUCGUGUUGGCAUGCACGGCAAUGCCAAGCCUUGGUACAUUGGAUGGAGUAACUGUGAUUCCAGUGCAGCUAGCAUUUUGAGCAGCACUACAAGCGGCCAUAUUUUAUCCCAGCCAUUUCCGAAUCUAGUAAAAUGGACUGGAUAUUCAUGGGAGUGCCGGGGCAUGGAGCCCAUAUGCAUAUUGAUGAUGUAGAUAAUCCAUCUUGGCAGGCACAAAUCAGGGGCAUCAAACACUGGCAUCUGGAACCCCCAGCAGAAUGCUACUACGAAUGCUCUUCACUGGAAGCCAUCGUGUAUCCUGGGCAGAUAAGUAUUUGUGCUGGACACAAAUAAAUGGUUUCACGAAACCCACAUUUUGGGAGAAGAACUCAGUAUUACUAUUGGUUCAGAAUAUGACUGAGCUGCAAGGUUUUAACUUCGAGUAAAACGCUCAGCGCCGUGUUAUGGCAUUAGAGGAACGAUCGGAGAAAGCUCACGGGAUUGGUAACUGAUUCUGGCCUCAUUUAGGUGGAACACCAUGACCGUAUAUUGGAUAACGAUCCGCACUGCCUCAAAUGGUGGGUGAUUAAUGGAAGUGACUAUCAGAUUGAACUUUGCUCUCAACUGGAUGUUUAAAAAAAACUUUUUGGGGAAUUCCAGAUAUUUAAAUUGGAAUACUAGAACCAAAUAGGCUUAAAACAAAUGUGUCAUUUUUUGGCUUUAAAACAAAAAUAGUAAUCUCUUCCUGUAGCAAUAACAUGGUUCUUCAGCACAAAGACAUGUCAAUACUUCCUUGGAAUCCUCACAGGGUCAGCAUUCAAGGCUGUGGUGGUGUCAACCAAAAUCACAGUUUUAGAAAUGUUGCCAUCUUUCCCCUCCCACCAAGUCCAAGAGGAUGGUCUGAAUAGUUGAAUGAAUUUCAGAUUGUAAUUGUUUCUCCUAUUUGGUUGCUAGAUUCUAGCAUUCGAUGUGUAUUCAUUAGCUGCAUACAACACCUUUCUCCCAAACACAUUGCUGUGUAUCCUCUUUAAAAACAGUUUUCUCAAUACUCUGUGCCUAACAGGUCCCCAAAUCAAAAUGUAUUUAUUCGCUUCAUGUUUUGGCUUCCAGUGAAAUGAGUUUGGAGUUAUGAGAUCUUUGUUUCUUUUUAUUUAAAAACAUUUUCAAAGUUGUAUGAUUGAACACGUCCAAUAUUUGAUUCCGUUUCCUCUCUUGCAAGUGCCAUAUUGAAAUCGGAAAGCGGCAGAUGUCAAUACCGUGGGCAUAUUCCUGAUGUAAUUGGUUGUAAUUCAUCUUUGUGAUUAUAAAUCAAUGUCAGAAAUAUUUAUGAAUGUACAGAGUAUUAAGAUUUUUCUCAGAGUACUUUAUAAUUCUAUAAUGAAAAAACAUAUGACACUAAUAACAGCUUUGAUAAUAAUGGUCUCAGAUUUGAGUACUGUACCACAUUGGAUCAACUGGAUGCUGAGCUAGUGUCACCCAGUCUUUAGUUUCCAGGAUUGACUGUUGACUGAAGUAAAGAUGGUGAGUUAUGGCAUUAACUUAUGUUUAAAAAAUGUAACUUAAUUGUAAGAUUCGGAUGGCCUCCAUGAAACACAUUGUCAUUUCACGUUUGCUUGUCAUCUCCUCUGAAAUGUAUUAAAUUAUUUAAUUACCAUCUAUAUCUAAAUUCAUUCCAUAUGACACUCUAAAAGUCUGACCCAAAAGAAUUUCUAUUCACGGACAGUUUGUGAAUAGUAUCAAUUUCCUCAAGUACACAAGAGCAAGAAAACUGGAUGCAGAAAAAAAAAAAAACAGAAAAGCUGGAAACAGUCAGCCUAUCAGGCAGCAGCACAUGUGGAGAGAAAAAUAAUUAACAUUUUAUGUUAAUAGCUCUUCAGAACUUUUAUACGUAGUAUUCACUGUAUAACAUGUUUAUCUUGUUUACAAAUUUGUCCUUAAAUUGUUUGGGUUGCCUUCCUCACAGGAAUGACACUCCCAUUACUGCAUUCUUUGUAAUAGAUAAUAUGUUUGGUACAUUGCUUGAAUGUUUUUUUAUUGUUGUUCGAGAGUCAAGUUACUCUCCUGAUGUGCAAUAUUCAUGGUUUUUAUUGACAUGUUAAUUUUGCAAGUUACUCAUGUAAGAUUUGUGGAAAUAAAGCAUUUUUGAUAAUGGUA